AUGGCGUUGCAGGCUGCAUACAAGCAGUUUCUAGCUGCGCCGAACUCAUCGGCACUCGCCGCAAACGCGUCGCUGCACUACAUUACGACCACGACUAGCAUCACCAGCGCGACCGACAUCAUCAAGCACCUCGCCACCCUGCGCAACAAGAUUAACAAGAAAAAGGAGGACGCGCUCUUUGCACUUGAGGCCCAGAAUGUGCUUGUCCUGGAAGCCGAGACCACGCUGGAGUUUGUCAGUAGCGGAGGGCCAUAUCUCCCAGGCUUGGACGACAACUUCCUUGCUGAUCGCACCGUCCAUCUCGCAAUUACCCACAUUGUGACUUUUGACAGCGAGACAAAGAUCACGCAGAUACGCCAGAGCUGGGACCAAGGUUCGCUUCUCAAACAGAUCGAAGUCAUUGGCAGAUCCGGCCAGAAUUGGCCCAUCCGCGACAGCAAGGAGCAAAUCAGCCUCAUUGCAAAAUGUGUCAAGGGCAACGGUGUCGAGACUAAGCCCGCAGAAAGCGCCCCAGCCCGCUCCCGUGGCGGCUCUACCAACAUCCUCCGCGACCCCCAUGCAUCGCUUGACCUCUUUGCGCCGCGCGAGGAGCAAGAGAAUAUCGCCGCCAGUGUCGUUUCGCCCUACGCGGGGAGAAGACCCCGCCAGCGCUCCUUCACCGAGAUCCUGGGUGACGAGCCCGUCGAGGAGCCUGGCUCCCCAAGCAACGGUCGUGAGCGGUCGAUGUCUCCUAGCAAGGCCAUCGCCCCGAAGGUCGGCGCGGGAAAGCACUUCCAGCCGAUGCGCAUCUUCGAGGCCGAGGAGGACAACACGGGUCCCGACACACCCGACAGAAACCGGUCGCCUGAGCGCUUCGUGCGUCCCAACCCCAAGAAGUACCAGCAUUUCGACUUUGACGACGGUUCCGAGGCGCCCCCACCUCCCGCACCCAAGGCCGAUGCUGACGCUGCCGCGAAGAAGAGCAAGCGCGACAGCCAGUGGUCCUUUGCCGACUUUGAGACGCCGCAAAAGCCCAUUGCAAGCCGGGGCAUGCACCGCGCCCGCGACGUACGCCACUGGGGCACCGAGAACGACGUACUUGAGAACACGCCCGCUCCCAAUGCGCCCGUGCCCAAGCCGCGUCGCGACGCCGAGGCUCAUUUUGAACUGCGCGACGACGGCCCGGCAAGCGACGAGUCUCGCAACGCGGGCCGGCCUCCCCGCGGUACCUUGCACAACGAGGGUCUGCACCUGUACGAAAACAGGCUGCACGUCGAGGAGGGCAGCGUUCCCAGCCCCGGCCCGCCUCCGCUGGGCAACAUCACCAACCUCGGGGGUCGGGCCAAGGACUUUGAGGCGCACUUCAAUCUGACCGACGAAUCGCCCCAUCACGCCAAUGCCAACAACAACCAGGAGCCGGCAAAGGUGCCCGAGGAUCGCAAAAAGGUGGUCAAGAUGAUGGAGAGCAGCUGGGCGGGCUACGACAGGUCGUCGCCCGUGUCGCAAAAGGAGAACAGCAAUCCCAACCCUGCACGGCCGGCCGGCGAGGACCGCGGCAUUGUUAUCGCCGGUGACGGUAUGGGAGGCAAGAAGGGCUCCUCGCGCGCGUGGUUUACCGGCGAGGGCGAGGACCAGGUAAACCCCCAGAAAAAGGGUGGACGUGGGCCUCCAGCCAAGUCGGACAACUUCUGGGACUUUUAG